UUUCACUAUCAUCAGUUGUCAUUGACGUCCGUUUGGCUAAGCACAUUCCGUGUCAUGAACAAAAUAAUCUAUAUUUUCAUAGCUCUUAUUUUAACAAAGGCCCUUGCCGAUGAUGACCAUGAUUGGUAUCCCAAAGACCCAGCGGCUGCACAACACAAAUGCAAUGAUGUCCUGAGUGCUGAAACUAAAUUUAAUUUAAUGAAAGGUAUAAUUCAGAAUAGUCCCGAAGUAUCUGGUUUCUUUAUGUGUACCGCCAAGGCUUUGAACAUUUAUACGUCCGAAAAUGGAUUCGAUACGGCUAGACUGAUAUAUGCCUUGGAGAAAAUGAAUCGUUUACACAAUCGCAGUGCUGUCGAAGAGUGUGUACGCAGGAAUCUAGAUGUCAAACCCGAAGGAACUAAAGUCUUCAAUGUGGCCAAGUGUGUUGAGGAUGAAAAUGUUUUGGUGGAGAAAGUGUAAGAAAUAUGGAGUGGAACGGAAAAAUAACUGCAAAAUUUGAAAAUAAAAUAUGAUUCAUGACUGUUUUCAAUUUUCUUAAAAAUUAAUAUAAACCAUCCUUUGAUUUAAUGUUUUGGAAAUAUAUUUAUUAAUAAUUAAU